GCUGUUCCGGGAAUUGAACCCGGGACCUCUCGCACCCUAAGCGAGAAUCAUACCACUAGACAAAACAGCCGACGUGAGUGCCACGUUGGGGGCUUGCCUUGUUAG